ACGUCAAUUAUAAAAUAAAUAGUUAAAGAAGUGAUUCACUCGUAGAGCUAGAGCUAGCUGCUUUAGAUAUAGUGAUAUUUGAAUGCUGCAACAUAUUUUUUCUUCAAAAAGAGAAAGUAAACGAGCUGGCAGUGGCAGAUGGCGGAAAUAAUCAAAGAAAAGGAAUCGCAGAUUCCAGAAUUUGCGAAUGUAUCACUACUGAAUUGUAUUGAUCUCUCCAGUCCAGAUGUUCAAUCAUCUGUUUCCCUCCUUAGACAGGUUUGUGUAGAUUCUGGGUUCUUCUAUGUGAUCAAUCAUGGCAUUGGUGAGGAAUUCAUGGACGAGGUCUUCUCUCAAAGCAAAAGAUUUUUCAAUUUGCCCAAGGAGGACAAAAUGAAGCUUGUAAGGAACGAGAAAAAUCGAGGCUAUACUCCAUUGUUUGAUCAAUCCUUGGAUCCUGCCAAUCAAAUACAUGGGGACUAUAAGGAGGGAUAUUACAUAGGUCUUGAAGUAUCUGAAGAUCAGUCUGAUGCACAGAAACCAUUUUACGGGCCAAACAGGUGGCCAUCGGAAGAUAUUUUACCCAGAUGGAGGGAAACCAUGGAGAAAUAUUAUCAAGGGGCACUAGAGGUAGCAAGAUCCGUUUCACGGCUGAUAGCUCUCGCGCUAGGGCUAAAUAUCAACUUUUUUUGUCAACCUGGAAUUCUUGGAAGAUCCAUUGCAACACUGAAGCUGCUACAUUAUGAAGAUCAAAUUUCUGAACCCACCAAUGGAAUUUUCGGAGCUGGUGCGCAUUCUGAUUUUGGUUUAAUUACUCUUUUGGCUACCGAUGAUAACUAUGGUCUUCAGAUAUGUAAAGACAAAGAUGCUAAGCCUCAAAUCUGGGAGUACGUACCACCAUUAAAAGGGGCAUUUAUAGUUAAUAUAGGUGAUAUGCUGGAGCGUUGGAGCAACUGCUUUUUCAGAUCCACGCUGCAUCGGGUAUUGGGCAAUGGCCAAGAAAGAUAUUCGGGAUAGCAAAAGAUUUUGCUAUUGACUACUGAACUGAAAUCAAGACCAAAGUGUUCAUCGCCUCAGACAAUGUCAGUUCAACGAAAGCAAAAUAUGGGCUCAGCUUUGUCUUGUUCUCUUCGGUAAUGAAAUAUAGGACUGAUCCACUUGUCAGAACUGAUAUGAUCAGAAGCCAGAACUCCAGAUGCAGUCUGUCCAGAGGUCUGCCAGUUGUGGUCUUCAAGCUACAGUACUCAGAAGCCAAUAGCCAGGCCUCAGUAGUCAGACGUGGCUUAUGUUCAGAAGUGCUCUUCCACUUAAAUAAAGCUCAAGUCAGAUCUUGGACUUGACCCACUGUAGUCGGAGCUCAGAUUUGACCCUUUAAUUGCGCCGGCAGAAGCUUCAUGAACACUUUACUAGUCCUCGUAAUUGGCCCUCCUUAGAUAAUCAGAGGAUUUGACUUGUUGUUCUUAAGUAGCCUGGAUGCGCCUCCAUGAUCUUCUGUAAUGAAUUAUAGGACUCGGACCAAAGAAGCUUCUUUUUGUGGAAUGGUGGAAGUUGUCUCUCUAUGGAGGCCAAGGUUUUGUGUAGGAUGAAAGAGGGCUAUUCUUGAAAUCUUUUGAUGGUGAUAUAACAUAUGCCUGUUAUCCAUAUGCUUUGUAUAAUCAUAUCUGAACACGGGAAGGCUAACUCU